AUGUCCAAACACAACGCCCUCAUCGUCUUCGGCUCCGGCCCGGGAAUCGGGCGCAACGUCGCCGCCCUCUUCGCCGAGCGAGGCUUCGGGAAGAUCAUCCUGCUGUCCCGCGACACGAAUCGCAUGAAAGAAGACGCCGUAUUCGUCCAGAAAUCCUCCACCAAGGCCUCGGUGGCGACGAUCCCGAUAGAUCUGGCAGAUACACAGAAUGUGCGCAGGGCUCUGGGGGAAAUCGACCGGCAAUUGAGCGGGACGCCCCUGGAAGCGGUGCUGUUCAAUGCGGCGCGCGUCGGUGCGAGUAAGAUGUUUGAGUUUGCUCCGGAGCAGCUGGAGGCGGAUUUGAGGGUGAGUGAGUUUUCGCUUUGGGGGUGUGGGUGUGUUGUUGGGAUCUUUUUGGGUGGGGAGCUGAUGUUGUCCGCCCCUCGCGGUUAGAUCUCGGUUGUUAGUCUGUACACGGUUGCGCAAUGGGCUCUGCCGCAGCUGGUGAAGGUUGCAGAGCAGGGGUCACAUAGUCCUGCGUUCCUCGUCACUUCCGGGUUGCUGUACAAAGAUCCCUUCCCGGCUCUCUUCUCGCUGGCGACUGGGAAGGCUGCACAGUACAAUCUGGUCCAAUCGCUGCACAAGGAGUUCGAGCUCAAGGGUGUACAUUGCGCGUUGAUCGUUGUUGGCGGCCGGGUUGCAGACGAAUCGGAGGUGACGAAUGCGAGGAAUGUAGCGGAGGAGGCUUGGAAGCUCUAUAGUCAGCCAAAGGGUAAGGGUGAUUUGGACGUGGUCAUGUUGGAUCCGGCUUAUCAAGAGCAUAUCAGGAAGCGAGAGCAGGAGAACAGGAGCUGA